UGAGCUGUCUAAGAGGAGAGCUCCUCCUAAACAUAAAAUAGAAAAAAUGUUAUGUCAUUAGCCCUGCUCCCACACGGGUUUCUGUUUGGAAUCAAAGUUCAAGAAGAGAACCAAAUCAUUGUUCUGUGUUUUGAUACAUCUGAUCACUUAAAAGCAGAGGAAAACAGAAAAUAAGGCAUUUAAAAGCUGGUAGACUUUAAAAUCUGCUGUUUUUCUUGUGAAUCAUCAUGUAAUCUGUGUGUUGCUUGAAUGCUUUGAAGAAUAAUUGCAGAGUUGACUCAUUGAGUGAAUCAGUUCAUGAAUUGAGUGCAAAUUCAAAUCAGUGAUUCAAAACAAGCCCAUGCCUUGCUCUGAGCUCAUGUUUAAACAGCCGUGGGGAAACUCAGAGACCACACAGAGCUCAGAGCCUCAGAUACUGGAUUAUGCUUUAGUACUGUGUGACUAUACUUUAGUGACUGAAAACUGAGAAAUAAAGCAGUAAAUCAGUCACAGAAAGUUACUUAGAAAUAAAUUUUAAAGGAAGUUUUUUUUUAUUGAGAGUUUUUCCAAAAUGGAUUAAUUAUGGAUUCUCACCGGAGAGAAAUGAUGCUGCAAUUUUUAGAAACAUGUGACAAGGUGAUGAACCUGUCAGCCGCCGACCGCUGUGAGUUUGUUCUGAACACCCCAGACUGUGCAGCGGAGGGCGGCUUCAUUAACUACCCCAAGAUCACGUUUUGCCUGUUGGCCCCUAAUCUCCUGCCCCUUGCCAUAUUCUUAUAUAUUGUGUGGCUGUUGGUCAUGUUCCUGGUUCUUGGACUCAUUGCAUCGCAGUUUUUUUGUCCCAACCUCUCAGCUAUCUCCUCUACAUUGAGGCUGACUCAUAAUGUGGCUGGAGUGACCUUUCUAGCACUUGGAAAUGGUGCUCCAGAUGUUUUUAGUGCCAUGGCUGCAUUCUCUCGGCCACAGACGGCUGGUUUGGCCAUCGGAGCGCUGUUUGGGGCAGGGAUCUUUGUGACGACGGUGGUUGCUGGAAGUGUUACUUUGGUGAAACCCUUCACGGUGGCUUCUCGCCCUUUCUUGCGAGAUAUCAUCUUCUACAUGGCUGCUGUGUUCUGGACUUUCACAAUCCUCUAUAAAGGAUGGAUUGAUCUGAAAGAAGCUCUUGGAUAUCUGGGGUUGUAUGUGCUGUAUGUAAUAACAGUGGUUGUGAGUACCUACAUAUAUAGACGCCGAACACGCUCUCUCCGAGGACCACUGCAGAACUCUGAGGUUGCCAAUGAUAUACAGGCUUCAGACUACUACAGAGAAAAUAUUAACGGAACUCUACAAGAACAUGAGGCGGAAUAUGAGCCCUUAAUCUCCUUCACUGAAACAACCAGUAAAAUCUUCCUAAAAUCAAUUUCCCCUGUGGACACCAGGAUCUGGAGGAGGAGCCACUGGGCCUGGAGAGCUCUCAAAAUCAUCCAGCUGCCGUUUGAGGUAGUAUUGCUGUUGACAGUUCCAGUUGUGGACACUGAUAAGGAGGAUCAUAACUGGAAACGUCCUCUUAACUGCCUGCACAUCAUCACUGGGCCUCUGGUGUGUGUGCUUACCUUCCAGUCAGGGCACUAUGGUCUUUACCUCAUUCAGGGAGAUUUCCCUGUUUGGUUGCUCACAGCCUUAAUCGGAGUCUUCCUCUCUGGAAUAGUCUUCUGCACUACUAACAAUGAGCGGCCUCCCCCGUACCACUUCCUUUUCUCUUUACUGGGAUUCGUAGUGAGUGCACUAUGGAUUAGCACAGUGGCGUCAGAGAUUGUGAGUGUGCUGCACCUCCUGGGCAUCGUCUUGAGCCUCAGUAAUACUGUGCUGGGGCUCACACUACUGGCAUGGGGCAACAGCAUUGGAGAUUGCUUCUCAGAUAUCACCAUCGCCCGGCAGGGAUACCCACGAAUGGCAAUUUCUGCCUGCUUUGGUGGAAUCAUUUUUAAUAUGUUGUUUGGAGUUGGUCUUGGUUGCCUGCUACAGAUGUUCCAUAAUGGAGUUGUAAUGCUGGAGCCGGAGGGGCUGCUGGGCUGGGUGUUGUCAGGAGCUCUGGGUCUAUCUCUUGUUCUCUCCUUCGUGCUGGUGCCCCUGCAACGUUUCCACCUCAACCGAGCCUAUGGCAUCUUCCUUUUAAUCUUCUAUGCUGCCUUUCUUGUUGUUGCACUACUUACAGAAUUUGGAAAGAUCCACAUGUGAGGCCAUAAUAAACACAGACCGGACAAUGAAAGUGCAAUGAAAUUACUCACCUUGGACUGUAAUGGAUGAUCUAUUUUAUGUAGACACUUGAGACUGUCUGUUUCAGGGAUGUUACAAAAUGUGACAACUUAUUUUAAUGACAUAAAUGUUUAAUCAGACAAAUGCAGUUCUGUUUUAAUAAACACAAAAACUAAUGUGUCUUAA